UUUCCUCUCUUUCUGCAAUGAGGAAGAGCAACUCGUUUGACUUCCCAUUCUUCUUCGUAUCUCUUCUUCUUCUUCUCUGCUUUGCUUCUUUCCCUUCUCUCUCCAACUCUCUUGUCGAUACUGACUUGGAUGUCUCGUUAAACUCCAAUGCCACUGAUUCUAAUUCCUCACUUGCGAGAUCCAGAGAGGAUAGCUUCGCUGGUAUGAUCGAUCGCGCAUUGGAGAAAGAAUUCCCAGAUAAUGAACAGUCCGGUGCAGAUACUGAUGCCGGCAGCUUCAACAACAGUGUUGCUGGAGAACAGGCGGUUCUGGAAACUGUUGCUAGAGUCAAGCCCAAGAAAAAUGAAACCAAGGAAGAGAAGUCAUUUCAACUGCAUGAUGUUUUUAAUUUGGAUAACGAGAAUCGAGCAGAAGAUAUGCCAACCUUGAUAGAUAGAAAGGACAACGUGUUUAUUAUUUCUAAUCCCAAAUCAAAAUAUCCUGUGCUACAGUUAGACUUAAGAUUGAUAUCAGAUCUUGUAGUUGUCAUUGUAUCUGCAACCUGUGGUGGCAUUGCUUUUGCGUGUGCUGGACAACCAGUUAUUACUGGAUAUUUGCUAGCGGGAUCUCUUAUUGGACCAGGCGGGUUAAGUUUUGUCAGUGAAUUGGUGCAAGUUGAAACAGUAGCUCAGUUUGGGGUGAUCUUCCUUCUUUUUGCAUUGGGACUGGAGUUUUCUGUAACAAAGCUUCGAGUCGUUCGAGCCGUUGCUGUUCUAGGAGGCCUGCUCCAAAUUUUCCUAUUUAUGUGCUUGUGUGGUAUAACUGCCUCGUUAUGUGGUGGUAAACCUUCCGAGGGGGUGUUUGUUGGUGUAUUGUUAUCAAUGUCUUCAACAGCAGUGGUUUUGAAAUUUUUGAUGGAAAGAAAUAGUAUCAAUGCCCUUCAUGGUCAAGUCACAAUAGGCAUCCUCAUUCUGCAGGAUUGUGCUGUGGGUCUGCUAUUUGCGUUGCUUCCAGUUUUGGGCGGUACUUCCGGGAUUCUUCAAGGAGUAAUGUCCAUGACUAAGUCGUUGGUUCUCUUGAUUACAUUUCUGGCAAUCUUGUCGAUAUUAUCUCGUACUUGUCUACCUUGGUUUCUUAAGCUGAUGAUAAGCCUAUCAUCGCAGACCAAUGAACUCUAUCAAUUGGCUUCAGUUGCAUUUUGUUUACUUGUUGCUUGGUGCAGUGACAAACUUGGUCUAAGCCUUGAACUGGGUUCCUUUGCUGCUGGUGUGAUGAUAUCAACAACUGAUCUUGCGCAACAUACACUUGAACAAGUUGAACCAAUUCGUAACUUCUUUGCUGCCCUUUUCCUUGCCAGCAUUGGAAUGCUGAUCCAUGUCCAUUUCCUUUGGAACCAUGUGGAUAUUUUACUGGCAGCUGUUAUAUUGGUGAUCGUAAUAAAAACAUUUGUGAUUGCAGUAGUUGUCAAAGGAUUUGGCUAUGGCAACAAGACCUCACUCCUCGUUGGCAUGUCUCUGGCUCAGAUUGGGGAAUUUGCUUUUGUUCUUCUUAGUCGUGCUUCUAAUAUUCAUUUAGUGGAGGGUAAGCUAUAUCUGUUGCUUCUUGGUACAACGGCUCUUAGUCUGGUGACUACCCCAUUACUUUUCAAGUUGAUACCUGCUGUAGUACAUCUUGGAGUGUUAUUACGGUGGUUCUCUUCCGAUAGUAGCCAAAGCGAGGUAGCCAAGAGUGCAAAGGAGGUAGACUGAUUCACAAUUUUCAUUUAUUAUAGAAAGCUCUUAAUGAUGUCGGUUACACCUACGACAACAAACUUUUCAAAUGAGGCAGUCUCUGCUUGGAAAAUGAAGAGCGUGGAAGAAGGGAUUCAAAAGAACAGGAUCCAGAGUUGUCAAUGAGCGUUUGACACAUUUGAAGCUUCACCCUCUGAUUCUGGCCUCCUUGCUACUACUAACCCGUGUGGUCAAUUUUGUGUAAAAUAGUUUCCACCAUGUAAUGUAAUUCAAUUUGACUUUUUGGUCCCUUUUCUCACUGCGGCCUGUUUGGAAAAUGAAACCGGCUUUGUGGCUGCUGAAAUGUAGAAUGUAUCAAUUCUCCUCUAGUUCAUUCCCAAGUUUUUGGAUGAAUUGCUUUGUUUCU